GCCGCAUUUUCAAGACUCAUACACUUUUUGAUUCUAUCAAGAUCCUUCACAGGAUAGGAAACAGUUAACGUGUUUGCGACCGCUGAGUAGAUUUUCAGAUUAUUAGUACCAAAUCUUUCUGUGGACGCAACAUACACGGAAGAGAAAUCGGGCAUCCUUCAGAAUGGAUCUGAAAAUUUGGGGAUGCGCAGUUCUUUUUCCAGUCCAGAUUCUAUACUGUAUAUUGAAGGCAAGCGUGCGCUGGUUGUUACCGUGCAAACGCAAAGACUUGGGAGCUGAGGUAGUACUGAUCACCGGUGGUGGAAGAGGCAUUGGUCGUCACCUUGCGAAAGAGUUCGCCAAGCAAGGAGCCAAAAAGGUGAUUCUGUGGGGUCGAACUGAAAAGUGCCUGAAGGAGACCUGUGAAGAAAUAUCCAUGACGGGGACAGAGUGCCACUAUUUUGUGUGUGAUGUAGGGAACCGUGAGGAAGUAUACCAGCAGGCCAAGGUGGUGAGGGAGAAGGUUGGAGAUGUCACCAUUCUCAUUAAUAAUGCAGCAGUUGUUCAUGGGAAAAGUCUAAUGAACAGCGAUGAUGAUGCACUUCUGAAAACACAGCACAUUAAUACACUUGGGCAAUUCUGGACCACAAAGGCGUUCCUGCCACGAAUGUUGGAGUUAUGCAAUGGCCAUGUGGUCUGCAUAAACUCCAUCCUUUCCCUUUCCUCCAUCCCUGGAGCUAUUGACUACUGCACCUCUAAGGCUUCCUCCUUUGCCUUCAUGGAAAGCCUGACCCUCGGCCUGCUGGACUGCCCUGGGGUGGGCUGUACCACGGUCCUGCCCUUUCACACUGACACUGAGAUGUUCCAGGGCAUGAGAGUGAGGUUCCCUCAGCUCUUCCCUCCUCUCAAUCCUGAGAUUGUUGCUCAGAGGACAGUGGAUGCUGUCAGAACUAACACGGCAUUUGUUGUCUUGCCAUGGACCAUGCACAUUCUUGUCAUCCUUAAAAGUUUCUUGCCACAGUCAGCCCUGGAGGAAAUUUACAAGUUUUCCGGAAGCUACACCUGCAUGAACACGUUUAAAGGACGGACAUAAAAGUCAAAAAUAAACAAACAAAAAAAGAAAACAUAGGGAAUGUGAGAACAUUCAAGGCA